CUAACUAACCAGCAGAAGGAAGCGGAGGAGACCCAGCGAAGGAAGAAUCAGGAAAGAACCGGCAUUAAAAACAUGUCUCUGUCUACUAAACUAACCCUGGACAAGGUGGACGUCAAGGGGAAGCGAGUCAUUAUGAGGGUCGACUUCAAUGUUCCCAUGAAGGACAAGAAGAUCACAAACAACCAGAGGAUCAAGGCGGCCGUUCCCACCAUCCAACACUGCCUGGACAACGGCGCCAAAUCCGUGGUGCUGAUGAGCCACUUGGGCCGCCCUGAUGGAAACGUUGUGCCUGAGAAAUACUCCCUGGAGCCCGUCGGCGCCGAGCUCAAGACCCUGCUGGGGAGGGACGUCACCUUCCUGAAGGACUGUGUGGGUGCAGACGUCGAGGCUGCCUGCGCCAACCCUGCCACCGGAUCCGUCAUCCUGCUGGAGAACCUCCGCUUCCACGUGGCCGAGGAGGGAAAGGGCAAGGACGCCUCCGGAAACAAGACCAAGGCCUCCCAGGGAGACAUCGACUCCUUCAGGGCGUCUCUGUCCAAACUGGGAGACAUUUACGUCAACGAUGCCUUCGGCACGGCUCACAGAGGCCACAGCUCCAUGGUGGGAGUGAAUCUGCCCCAGAAGGCGGCCGGUUUCCUGAUGAAGAAGGAGCUGGACUACUUUGCCAUGGCUCUGGAGAAACCUCAGAGGCCCUUCCUGGCCAUCCUCGGAGGAGCGAAGGUGAAAGACAAGAUCCAGCUGAUCAACAACAUGUUGGAUAAAGUGGACGAGAUGAUCAUCGGCGGCGGCAUGGCCUUCACCUUCCUCAAAGUGCUGAACAACAUGGAGAUCGGUACCUCCCUGUUCGAUGAGGAGGGCGCCGGCAUCGUCAAGGACCUGAUGGCCAAAGCUGAGAAGAACGGCGUCAAGAUCACGCUGCCCGUCGACUUCAUCACCGCCGACAAGUUUGACGAGAAAGCCACCACCGGCACCGCGACCGUCGCUGCUGGCAUCCCCGCCGGCUGGAUGGGUUUGGACUGUGGACCAGAGAGCAUUAAGGCCAACGCAGAAGUGGUGAGCCGGGCCAAGCAGAUCGUGUGGAACGGCCCCAUCGGCGUGUUCGAGUGGGACAACUUUGCCAAAGGAACAAAGAGCAUGAUGGACAAAGUGGUCGAGGUGACCAAAUCAGGCUGCAUCACAAUCAUCGGUGGGGGCGACACCGCCACCUGCUGCGCCAAGUGGGACACAGAAGACAAAGUCAGCCACGUGAGCACAGGAGGCGGAGCCAGCCUGGAGCUGCUGGAGGGUAAAGUCCUGCCGGGUGUGGACGCACUGAGCAGCGCAUAAACUUCCCAUGUGUGUGUGUGUGUGUGUGUGUGUGUAUGCGUGUGUGAGAGUUUGAGAUCUACUUGUUUACUCCUGAAAGUCGCAGCUUUAGGCAUUAAACUUCUAUUCCAUCUGGGGUUUUAAAGCCUCAGAUCUGUCAAACAAGUUCCGCCUUACUUCAACCCGCCGAGGAAACUCUUCAACCCAACUGCUGGAAACACCCGAGGACUUUAUUAACGUGCACGUAGGUUGUUUGUUCACACACAUCGUCCUGCUGAAUUAAACGGCCUGAAUCUGACUUAAUCUGGCCGUUCACCCCUGAGAUACAUACGCUCUUGCUCUUGUGUGAAUGCUGCGUCACGUUUGCAAAACCACCACGGCACCCCCCUCAAUGUGUAAACAUGCAGACUAUAUAUGUGUGUGUGUGUGUGUGUGUGUGUUACGUCUUUAAAUCUGGUUGUUGCUUUCUCUGCGGCUUCAGACGGAGACGUGAGCUCAUCUGAUGUUCGGUUAAUAAAAGCGUCUGUGUAAAAA